CGCCGAGGCUGCUCGGCCUCCGGAGGGGAUUCAGCGGAGCGGCUGCUCUCCUGAGGCCAGGCGCGUCGCCCAGGCGACCGCUUGCCCCCUCCCCGCCAGGGACCAUGUUCACCAGCACGGGCUCCAGCGGGCUGUAUAAAGCACCUCUGUCAAAGGGUCUAUUAAUAAUACCAAGCACCUUCUCAUUACUGCUGGCUCUACUCUUUCAGCAUUAUCAAAAGUUCUUUACCUACAAUCUGCAAGCAGUAAAAGAGGAAUUUCAGAUUUGGAGGUUGCUCUGUGGACGAACAGUGUGUCUUGAUCUUAAAGACACUUUCUGCAGUAGUUUACUUAUCUACAACUUCAGAAUAUUUGAAAGGCGAUAUGGCAGUAGAAAAUUUUCAUCAUUUUUGCUGGGCUCCUGGAUGCUAUCAGUGAUGUUUGAUUUUGUCCUGGUAGAAGCUAUUGAAUAUUCUUUUGGCUUCAACAUCAGCAGCUUGCCUUCAGGAUUGUAAGUGG